AGGACGUAAUCGUCUUCUUCGAGACAUUCUUAUUCAAACUCGAAUAUCUUUCGAUACAACAAUGAUAUCGAAAAAAAAAAAAUCCCACAUCUCCAGAAUUAAAAGGGCUUUCCAAUUAUUCCAUGUGAAUAAUUAUUGGUUAAUUAGGCUCUUUGUGAUCUAUCGAAAUACAUCGAUAUCUCAAUCCACAAUCGUUUGACAGCGCCGCCAUUAAUUCCCCUCUCAUUUCUCGUUUCAGAUUUAUCCAGAUUUAUUUAUUCCUUAUCAGACAGUUUUGUUUACACUUCCUCAUGAUUUAUCUCCUGUUUUCAAUUGUUUAUUGCUUUGUUUAACACGGAUUUAACAGUUAAUAUUCAUCAAAAUGGUGAAUUUCGGAUGUAUUCCUCUCAUCGCAAUGUCUCCAGCUGCAAAAAAUAUUUUUUCCACUUUAUUAAAUCCCCCAAAAGUCCUGCAGACCUGUGAUAAAUCUUUUAGGGAUUGGAGAGGAUUUGCUGAUGUCCUGGGGAUCACUGGUGAUGCUAAUGGAAUAAUAACAUCCAGUCUGGACCCAACAGCUGCUAUUUUUGAUAUUUUAAAAACGAGAAAGGAGAGAGUGACCUUCGAGCACCUGGUGAAGGCCCUGGAGAAGAUCGACAGGUGGGACGUACUUGACGAUGCAUCAGAUAUCCUGGAGAAAGAUGGCAAAGUCUACCUGGAGAGACUGGAGAAAGUCAAUGCUCCAGAGGUUGACGCAAUGAUUGACAGCAAAAUGUUGACUUAUGACGACGUUGUGAGGCUGGAGUCUGGCCAGCCGAUGCAGACGUAUGACGCCUUUCUCCUCUUCGCUGAAGAAGAUUCAUCAUUUGCUGAUGAGAUAAUCGAGAACCUCGAGAGGAGGGGAAAUCUACGGCUCUGCACGAGGGACAGAGAUUUAAUAAGUCGUGGUGAGAGAUUUGAGCCCGAGGUAUUGAUGGAGCUCAUCUCCGAGAGGUGUACGAGAUUAAUUGUCGUGCUGUCUCCGAAUUUCAUCAAGAGCCCAGUCAACACUUUUCUGAUGGAUUUCGGCCAGACGACCGGUCUUCACGAGCGCCGAAGAAAAAUUGUUCCAGUACUCUAUCAAGACUGCAAAAUUCCAAUUCAAAUGCGUCACACUGUCAUGCUUCAUUACAACAGAAUGGGAAUGUACAAUUUUUGGGAACGAUUUAGAAAUUGUAUCCGUACAGUAUCACCAGCUGUCGUUUGUGAUUCAAGAAAUUAUCCGUCGAGAGAAGAAGUUCCAUCGAGAGUUCCAUCGAUAGUUCCUGAGAUGUGUCCUGAGGCGGAUGGAGAAGUUCUGGAUGAAAUAACUCCUGGGGGAGCUCCUGGACAAGUCACUCCCAGGAAGAAAUCAUUCUUCAGGUUUGCGAAGAGAAAAAAUGAGAAGAGGGACGACUCCGUGGUACAAUUACCAUCUUUGAGUGGAUUGGAUGACCUUGGAGAGAUAAAUACUCAGGAGAUGGUGAGGAAACCUAGGGGAACGGGAGUUGCUAAGAAAAUUAAAGCUCUUGUGCUGAGAUCCUGAUGAAUCUAGUGCAGCCAUCCCCGAGGACAAUUUAUUCAAUAAAUAUCACAAUGCAAUUAAAAUAAAAAAUUCCUAGAGUAUUCCAUUUUCAAUUCAACACCUCCAGGUGAUUUAUCUCAAUUUAAAAUUGAAUUAUCAAGAUAAAAUCGAAUGCAAUCUUGCGAUUGAAAGUUCCUGUACAGUUAAAUAAUUAUUAAUUUUUAAUAUAGAUGUUUAUUUUUGUAAAUA